AGCCUCGCCCCCAUCACGGGAGCUUCAUCUUCACGCUUGAGCUGGGGGACUUUAGAGCAUUGGCGAGUCCGCAAUUCGAGUCUUCUCGUUUGCUUCCGGUGGUACACAGUUGGCUCUGCAGGAAUUUGGCAAAAACUGAAGACGAACCAGUGGCAAUCAAGCAGGCCAAUUGAUGCGGACUCGACGGAGCAAAAAAUCUCAGGAAGGAGAUUCUGGCUUAGAUAGCCUCCUCAGGAGCUUGCAUGAAGAUGACGCUUCAGCUCGCGGUGGAGAUGGCACCGCUGCCCCAGAUACUUUGGCGGAUGCGUCGCGUCAUACUGUGGAUCAACUGCUGGAUCGGGUUGGAUCUAAACGGAAAAAGCGGGUUGGAGUUUCAUCCAGGGCCAUCAUUGAUUUACCUGAUGGACGGGGUUCUCAGAGGAAUACUCCCAAAGUAGUUUGUGGAAUGCGUGCACGGACAACUCAAGAGCUUGAAUCAAGCCAGCGAAAUUCUGAACCGAGCACGUCUGAGCCGGCAAGCGCCAGUCUUUCUCAACCAGUUGAAAGACAGGAGGAUAACGACAGCCAUGUUCCAUGUGAUGAGGACUUCGAUUGGGAAGACGGUGAUGAUGGGACCCGAAUUGAAGGAGCUGAUGAUACUAUUCAGAAAGGAUGGUCUGGAAAAAUUACCUUCGACGUUGAUAACAGUCCUGGAGAGGAAUCGGAAAAGAGAUCGAAGAAGUUCAAUCUUCGAAGGGCUAAUGCCAAUGACAAGGAAUUUGCUGCCCAAGUACAUAUGGCACAUUUGCUGUGUUUGUUAGCUCGAGGAAGGAUAGUAUCUCAAUCAAGUGAUGAUUCGCUACUCCAGGCUGCUCUUGUUUCUUUAUUGCCCCCCCGUCUUCUUCCAUCUGCUGAUGCGGACAGAGUAACAAUUGGACGCGUAGAGCAUCUAGUUAGCUGGUUUAAAAACCAAUUCCGAUUGCUGACGCCUGAUGAAGGUCCAUCAAGACUCCACAAAGAGGAUGCUGAAGCAUUGGAAUCACGUUUGCAAGAAGUUCUUCAGAAGCAGUGUGGCUCAGCAGAAGAGCUUGCAGCACUUUCGGUUGCAAUGUUCCGAGGGCUGGGUUACAUUUGUAGGUACGUGACGAUACUGGAUGUUGCCUCCAUUAAACCUGAUGCCGAAAGUCUUGAAGCGUCUGUUGAUUGGGAUCCCAGUGCUCCGUUCUGCCAUUCACGAAUCGGGCCUCAGUUUCAGUUUGAGUUGAGGCAGCAGGUUGCAGAGCUUAGCAAGGUUUUAGCUCGUCCUGGACCUCAAGUAUCAACAAACACUUCUAGUCCAAUGGGUGAGAUUCUGGCGAUGCCAUCUGGAGAUACUGGUAGAAGAAACAGUGGAGGCUCCACAGCUAGUACUCCACCUGGAGAGAGGGGCCUUGAUGGUUCUGGUCGCGGCGGUGGUCGAGGUCGAGGUCGAGGCCGAGGUCGUGGCAAAGGGAAAAAUAUUGAUGACGAGUCUCCACUAGGGGCAGGUGCAAUUAGUAAGACCACACCAGCUAAAAAGGGACGACGACGCACAAAAGCAGAUAAUAAUGUUAAACAGGAAGAAAGUCCUCAGACUGUAAGGCGAAAUUCGAAAAGGAAAGGGGAUGAAGAGUUCGAAGCACAGCUAGCCAUGGCACUUGCUGCCACUGCUGCAGCUGCAAAGGCAGAGGCCACACAGACCAGUCCAGCCAGCAAUGGGAAAGAGGAGAGCAGCGUCAAGGAGCUUUGUUGGUCACAACGACGGGACAGUACCGAAAGCAAUGGAGGAAAGUCCAAAUUAUUUGAAUUUGGGGCAAAAGGUGUUAGUAGUGGGUCUGUAUGGUCCUGGAAGAUGGGUCCCGUGUUGCACUGGGCAGAAAUCUACUGUGGAGGCGAAGGCAGCACUGGAAGGUGGGUACACGUGGACGCCACUAGAGGGAUUGUAGAUGGAGCUGCACAAGUGGAAGGGCAAACAGCUGCGUGUCGAUCACCAUUGCGUUAUGUUGUUGCUUUCGCUGGUGCUGGAGCUAAAGAUGUGACACGCAGGUACGUGAGCUUGUGGUCAUCUGUAGAACCUCUCAGGGUGGAUUCAGAAUGGUGGGAGUCGACCAUGCUUCCUCUUAAACAACUGGAAGCAGCUGCAACUUCUGGACCUUCAGUGAUACUUCCAUCCUCAAUGUCCUCGCAAUCUACCUUGGGAAAAAAGUCAGAAAUCAGCGAUAAAUCUGCUGGAAAUUUGCCUCAGUGGACUCCUCGCGCUGAUCGAGAGGAUAUGGAAUUGGACACAAAGCUUUUUACGGAACCUCUGCCAACUAAUCAGCAGGCUUACAAAACUCAUCACAUUUACGUGCUGGAGAGGUGGCUUAAGAAGUAUGAAAUCAUAUAUCCAAAAGGUCCAGUGCUGGGAUACUGUGCUGGGCAACCAGUCUUCCGGCGGAGUUGUGUGCAGACGUUGCAUACCAGUGACAGAUGGCUUCGAGAAGGUCGCAAAGUUAAACCGGGGGAGUUGCCUGCUAAGAUAGUUAAAUCGCGAGCCACACCAAAACAGAGCACUGGCGAUGCUGAGGACUCAACACAGGAGGAAGGCAAAAAGGAACCCAUCAUGGCCGAGUUGUUCGGGGAAUGGCAAACUGAAGAGUUUCAGCUUCCUCAAGCAGUUGGUGGGAUUGUACCGAGGAAUGAACGGGGGCAGGUGGAUGUAUGGUCGGAAAAGUGCUUGCCACCCGGCACUGUACACUUGCGGUUUCCUCGACUGGUUCCUGUGUGUCAACGUUUAGGAGUUGAUUUUGCACCUGCUAUGGUAGGCUUUGAAAUUCGCAGAGGGCAUUCGGUACCAGUGUUUGAAGGACUGGUGGUAUGCGAAGAAUUCAAAGACGCAAUAAUGGCGGCGUAUGCUGAAUACGAGGAUCAACGAGCCAUACAGCUUCUGAAGAAAAGAGAGGAGCGAGCAACGAUCCGAUGGCGCCAGCUUCUGCUCUCAAUCGCCACUCGGAAACGUCUGCGAGAAACGUACCAAGGGGACCCUUCAGAAGAAGCUGCAGCUGUCACCACAAAGCAGAAAAUUUCUCCCGAACCUGCAUCAAAUACAGUCCAAGGUGAGAGUGUUACUAACUUGUCUACUUCGCCUUCCAAGGAAGACACCAGUUCCCAAGCAGCCGAGGCUGCAAACUCUGCACAUAAGCAUCACUACCUGGAGGAUAAUGAAAGUCACAAUGCAGAGACUGGCAUCACAACAAAGCGGUGUCGAUGUGGAUCUAUGAUCCAAGUAGAGCAGAUGUAGGAACUGAAGAUUUAGAAUCCUUAAUCUUCAUCAAUCCUAGGCAGAUUCUUUGUAGCUUAGAUCUCUAGCAUUGAAGAAAAACUCUUGGUGAUUGGCAAUCUCCAAGUCAGUGUUUCUUUAUACAAUCUCCUCACAGCUAUUUUUAUUGACAGCUACUGUGUGGGGGGUGGGGGGGGGAUGAGGGAAAUCGUCCUGUUUUCCUUCACAAUUCUUUUGUUCUCAUGUGAUUGAAUAUCGGCAAAUGUUUGUAAUUGCCACAUUCAAGUCAAAGUUUGUCAUUCUUCCUCAUGUGGAGGUGUUCAGGCUUGAA